CUCCCCAUGAACCCCGUCUUCCUCUGAAUACAAUUUUUGUAUACUUUUUUAUUUCGUUUCGCGUCAGACUAAAAUCCUAAAGCAACCCCCUUCGCGCAUACACCUCGUUUUUCUGUCCCCCUUUUUUUUUCGUGAGUUACCUGCUUGCCAUGAGUUCUUCAGAUUCGGACGACGGUGUGCCUCUGUCAGCACGGGUCAGUACUGACAUUAACAAUGGCAAGCCCAACGACGACGACGUUCCUUUGUCCAGACGGCGUCCGGCCGUGUCGAGUGGAGCCAGCGACAGCAGCGACAGCGAGUCCGAUCAGCCCCUGUCAAAAAAGGUCAAGGUGGAGACGCCAGUGAAGAAGGCUGUGGCCAAGCGGGCAGCAGCGGCAAUGCCCAAAUCCAACACCAAGCCCAAGCCCAAGCCAGAACCCAAGGCAAACGGCAAGACAAGAAGCCGCGUAUUAAAAAGGAGGCGUCCGGAGGUCAGUAAGCCAAAGCAGCCUGCAAAGUCGGUUGCCAACCGCAAGCCGCUAAUCAAGGCCGAGUCGUCGAUGGUCGAGAGCUCGGCAGACGGCAGCGUGGCCAGCGAGGGCGAGGGCGAGGGCGACUACAAGUGGUGGCUCGAUGAGAAGGACGGCUCGUCGGAGAAGUGGCAUACGCUGGAGCACAACGGCGUCAUGUUCCCGCCCGACUAUGUGCCCCACGGUGUGCCGCUCAUCUACCGCAAAAAGGAGAUCAGGCUGGUGUCUGAGGCCGAGGAGGUUGCUACCUUUUUCGCAGCAGUAGUAGAUGGCGAUCACGGCAACAACCCCGUUCAGCCAAGCGCAAGGCCCUGUCCAAGGAAGAAAAGGAGCGGGUCCAAGCUGGAGAAGCAGGCGAUUGAGGAGAAAUUCAAGUUCUGCCUCAUGGACGGGCGCCGCGAGAAGGUCGGCAACUUCCGCAUCGAGCCGCCCGAUCUGUUCCGUGGCCGCGGCGCACACCCCAAGACCGGCAUGCUCAAGAAGCGUGUUCUGCCCGAGCAAGUCACCAUUAACAUUGGGAAGGACGCCAAGGUGCCCGAUCCGCCUGCCGGCCACCGGUGGGGCAGCGUCACACACGACAACACAGUGACGUGGCUGGCCAUGUGGAAAGAGAAUGUCAAUGGCAACAUCAAAUAUGUGUUUCUGGCGGCCGGCAGCUCGCUCAAGGGCCAGAGCGACAUGCGCAAGUUCGAAAAGGCGCGCAACCUCAAGGGCUGCGUGGCCGAUAUCCGCAGACAGUACACCAAGGAUCUGCGGUCCGAGACCAUGGCUGCUCGCCAGCGCGCCACAGCCAUGUACCUUAUCGACCGCUAUGCGCUGCGUGCUGGCAAUGAAAAGGGCGACGACGAGGCAGACACUGUCGGCUGCUGCUCGCUGCGUGUCGAGCACGUGCAGCUGUUCCCGCCGCGCACAGUGCACUUUGACUUCCUGGGUAAGGACUCGAUCCGGUACCAGCGCACAACCGAAGUCGAUCAGCAGGUAUGGAAGAACCUGAAAAUCUUCCAGAAGAAGCCCAAGACACCCGAGGACAUGCUGUUUGACCGCCUCAACACAUCCGCGCUGAACAAGCACCUGCAGAAGCUGAUGCCUGGGCUGACCGCCAAGGUGUUCCGUACAUACAACGCGUCAUUCCUGGCCUACAACCGUGCCAAUCGCGAGGUUGCUGUGCUCUGCAACCACCAGCGGUCCGUGUCUAAGGGAUUCGAGACCCAGAUGGCCAAGCGCCAGCUGCUCAAGGACCAUCUGCUGUGGGUGGCGCCUGAUCUGAAGAAGAAGCACCCAGAGCUGGCCGAGAAGGAGCCCGGCGUUACCAAAAGCUGGAUCAAGAGCCACUGGCUGGCCACGUGCGAGCUGGAUCGCGAGAAGGCACGCAAAAAGUUUGAGCGUGACAACGAGAAGCUGAAGGGGGCGGGCGAGCCCGAGCUGCCGCAGUCCAAGCUCGACGAGCAGCUGGCAGCCAUUGACGAGCGGGAAAAGAGCAUCAACAGAUGGCACCUGACGGCCCGCAUCAACAACAUCGAAAUCGACAAGAUCGAGAAGGACGAGAACAAGACCACUGCCCUGUCGACAUCCAAGAUCAACUACAUCGACCCGCGCAUCUCUGUCGCCUGGUGCAAAAAGUACGGCGUCUCGCAGGACAAGAUCUUCAACAAGGCUCUGCGCGAGAAAUUCAACUGGGCCAUGGAGGUUGACGGCGACUGGACCUUCUAGGACUUCUCUCUAUAACACUCUACCAGCUCCUUAUUUGUCUACGAAAAACGAAAAGCUAUCGCUCUAC